UGUUUAGCUCCUCCUCCCAGCGGCCCCGCCCCUCACGGUGAAUCACGUGCUGACGUCAUCUCUCCACGUCGCAGUCUCUGUCUGUGUCUCCGGCAGCGCUCCGCUCUGCGUAUGUAUGCGUGUCUCCAGCUAAGGCCAGAGAGUGAUGGCGGCGCCCGUCCUGAGAGUGUCCACCCCUCGGUGGGAGAGAAUAGCCCGGCUUCUCGUCUGCCUGCUGGGCGUGCUGCUGUCUCUCUACGCCUUUCACGUGGAGCGGGAAACGGCUCGGGAUCCCGGCUACACGGCUCUGUGCGACGUCAGCAGCUCCAUCAGCUGUUCGAAGGUCUUCAGCUCGAGGUGGGGUCGAGGAUUUGGACUCCUGGGCUCAAUUUUUGGAAAUGACAGCGCACUGAACCAACCCAACAGUGUCUACGGGAUCGCCUUUUAUGCCUUUCAGCUCCUACUAGGAAUGACUGUCAGUGCAAUGGCUGCCCUUAUUCUCAUGACGACAUCCAUCUUAUCGGUGGUGGGUUCGCUCUACCUGGGCUACAUCCUCUACUUUGUCCUAAAGGACCUCUGCAUCAUCUGCAUCACCACAUACGCGCUGAACUUCAUUCUCUUUAUUCUCAACUACAAGCGACUGGUUUACUUGAACGAAGCCUGGAAGCAGCAGCUUCAGGCCAAGGAGGACUAAGCUGUCGAGAACGGCAAGAAAAAUGCGAUAAACAAACAAACAAACAAAAAGAAAAAAAAGAAACGUGACCUCUGAACAUUUGACUUGCCACCAGGAGACCUUGCUUCCAAACAAUGUUUAUUCUGCUGUGUGUUCAAAAAAAAUGAAGAAAUUUAACUUAAAUGUUGGGGCCUGACAUCUCAAUGUUGCAAACACGGAAGGAUUUGUAAGUGAAAGAUGAUUUUUUUUUUUUUCUUUAAUUUCUUUUUCCUUGUUUAACAUUGUACUCACUUAAGGACGGGGCUGGCUGUGUGUGUGUGCGUGUGUGUGGGGAAACACAUCAACCCGAGCAAGCAGAGGCAGAAACGACGGAGGACAGCUCUCUUUUGAACAAAAAGGAUCGCAGAAUGGAAGAAAACGGGACAUUAAAGGGGUUUACUUGAAACGGUUAGAACGGUCCUAUUACUGCACAGAGGAUCUGCACUAAAAACUCGGAACCGAAUAAUGGGUCCCCAAAUUAGAAAAACACUCAUUAGGUUAUCGUACAGUUUGCAGAUAAGGUUCUACGGCGGGGCGGGAGGGUUGGCAGGGGGGCAAAACGAUUAACAUUUAUACCGAGUAGUUUCUUUUCAUGUUUACACUUUGUAGUACGUUUCUUUUAUGAAGAGGACCACUAAAAUUAAACACAGGACAAUGUGAGAUAUUGUGUGUAGAUCAGUCAGAUUUGUUUGUUUUGCAAUUCUGUAAAUAGCUGCUGAGCAAUAUUCCAGGCUAGAUUGUGAUUUAGUGUUGACACAAACCUUUAAGGAAAAACAAACCCCACCAACGAAACAGGAGAAAACAUCUGGAACAAACAGUGAUAAAGGUCACGGUUAGGUGAAGAUGUGCUCGGGACAUCUUCCGUCCCGUAAACCUGGUCAGGCAUGCGGUUCAGAGUUCUUUGUUGUAAGUGGUUCUUGUUUCAUCUGAUGCCACCGACACAAGUCUUUUAAACAGAACUUCUUUUCACCAAGUUUGCAUAAAGGCACCCUCACUCUUUUUUUUCUUUCUUUUUUUUGUGUGAAAAGCAUUCCUGACCUCCACACAAGUGGGAUCCAUAAAGACUUAUGUGCCUAAAGGAGUGUUAAGGUGAAUUACCUUAAUUUCUUUUUUUUUUUUUUUUUUUUUUUUUACGUUUUGGGCGUUGGGUGGGGGGGUAAUGUUAUGUUAACACCAGUUCUGCUCGUUUGUUUUAUUGUCACAGGUCCAAGGCUUUAUUUUUAUGAUCACAGUUUUGUAAAUUAAGAUACCAGUGAAGUGUUUCUCCCUCCCUAAUAGAGUCUCAUGAGGUAGCGAAAGGCUGCUACACUGUGAUUGUCUGCUGAAGUGUAGAGUGAGAGCCCCGGCGGCGGAGGCGUCUCUUAUCUUGCUGUUUUUAAUUGCGUUGAUGCUCAUCUGGCUUUUGUUCACUGUCCAGCCUGUGUACAUUUGAUGUCAAUUGAACAGUAACGGUGAUCUUGCCAAGCUGAGUUACAGUUCAUUUGCAGGAUGUGAACAAAACUUGUCAUGUUUUACGUUGACACGAGCGGCAGAAGCGUAACAAGGUGUAAGAAAACAAAAAACAGUAUGUUAAGCCAUAUGUGGGAUUUUUGCUCCAGAAGGAAAGAUAUCCAGGUCGCUGACAGACACUGAAGCUUUUCAUGAAGUGGCUGAUCUCUAACAUAGCAAGGUUUGUACAGAGAGAGAUCACAGUAUGGGGGAAAAGCAACCACACCUGGUAGUGGCUUUGCUAGAAAUCCACAGCAUUGCCAGUUCAGUUCAGCACCGAGUAGGACCGUUGUCUCUUUUCCAUCCAGAAUCCACUGAUUUUAAAGCAUCCUACGUGUCAGAUGCAUGGUACACUAUCUCCUGGCUUUAAACAUAUGUUGGCACAUCGGACAAUCUUACACACACUGUCAAAGAUCCAGAAGAGUCGUAGUAAUAACUGUAAUAAUGUGAUUAAUCUGUGGUGUUAAACCAGCUUGUUAAUAGUUUCCAUCACUGCUAGUCUCUAUGCCCCUCCACUUUAAUAGCAUUCAAGUUCUCCCUGACAGUUUGUGUGUGGGGCGGGGGUUGUUUUAAGUAUUGAUGAUGGCGACUGCCAGGAAAGUAAUCUCAGUGACGUGCUUCCUGUGAUAACAUAUGAAGUCAUCGCUCGUCUAUGAGAAUGGGACUUGAGGUGGUACUUUUUUUCCCCCCCAGGAUAUUGUCAAUGUGAAAUUGUCUGUUUGUGCAUGUUGUAACCCAUUUACUACUUCUCAUAUAUAGACUGUGUUACAUUAAUGUUACUCAUUUUCCAAAGCAUAAUGUGUGCUAUAUAUUUGAGAUAGUUUUUUCCUGUACACCAGGCAGACAAUGGUUUCCAUUCAUUUCACUAUGUGAUGAAACACACUUUAAGAGAUGCUUCCAGCACUUAAUCUCCCUCACAGAGAAGCUUGUAUAUACUGUUCACUAUGUCAAUGUUUGUCCUUUGGGUUUCAGUAUAACCGAGAAAUGUGAUGCAGUUUGGCAGCCUGCUAGCCACUAAAUCACUAAAUGGAUAACCAAACUUAAAGGAGUGCUCCACCAAUUUAGCAUACAAUCCUAUAGACCCUCUUACAGCCGACAUCAUGGGUACGUCACGGUGUUGUUAGCUGGAGGCAAUACAGAGGAAAGACUGAAGGCAAACACAAAUCCCCUCAGAGUAGUAGGCUAAAGUUACACAUCAAAAAUGUCAUCUUGCUGUGUUGUUGGGUGCAAGAAUCGAUAUUGCAUGCAAGCUACAAUAUUGGCGAAGAGAGAAAAUGUUGCUAAUAAUUUAGCUAAGGUUAGCAGAAGUUAGCCUUCUUCUAAUCGUAGCAUCACGUUAGCUAAGUUAUUCUGCCUCCACCUACGCUCUGCCCAGAAAAAUACGUCACCAUGUGUACUAACAUAAAAGGGGUUUAUAACAUUUAUUCCAAAUCGAUGCAGCAAAACCAGAGUCAUUUUUUAUUCCAUGCAUUCUUCUUGUCAAAACAUGGUGCCUACAUUACCCACAAUACAACUCGACCACCGACAGCUCGGCCAGAGAUUCGUGCUGUAUGCUAGUAGUGGCUAACGUAGUGAAAGGUACAACUUUUUUCACAUAUGCAGUAAUACCCCCCAACACCUGUAAACAUAGUAUGAUGUGUACAAUCUGUGGAGUUCCCCUUUAAAACACAUUUAAAGUUUCAUGCCAUACAGAAAAGAAUGGGAACCAAUGGCUGCCUGGAAGAGAAACUCCGUAGGAUUUGCCUUGGAAAAUGGUUGGCGGUUAUGUUACGGUGACAUGAUUGGUAGUAAACUGGCAAAUAAAACAUGCAAGCACCAGUACAGUUCUUUUUAACAAACUCUAUGGUCCUCAACGGAAUGAUUCAAAUGUUUGCAUCAUUUCUUAGCAAGUCAUCUUUAAGAUCUUCCUUAUACAGUAUUGCCUUGUCAGGCUUACAUCAGGUUCUGUUUCAUCUCAGCUCAGAAUAAGAUUAACAAUCGCACUGUUUCGUCUUCGUCCUUUGUCUGGGAAAGCCUGUGUGCACUCACAUAUAAAAGACAAGUCUCCUAUGGAUUCACUUGCACAAGUCAAACUGACAUAACUUGCUAGUUUUUGUGGCAACAAAUCUGGGUCCUGUGAGUAUCGACCAUAGAACUGACUAGUGUACAGUGGGUAGCCUAUCAUUUCGUUCAUAAUUCCAGUCAUAUGCAAGCCUAUGACGCUAGUUGUGCGCAGUUACUUUAAAGAAAUGGGUAUAAGGAAUUUGGAUGUUGAGUCAAAAGUGUGAAAUAUUUGGCUGGUAACACAUGUUGUGUGAUGAUUUAAUGUCAAAAAGAAGGUCAAAAAUGAUCGAUACUGCAUUCUCAUGAAUAUUCAUUUAGGCCCUGAGGUAUAAACUGCCAUGUUAGUUGCAUCACCAAUGCCAACAAAAGUGCCUUCUGUUUGAUCACUAGGCCUUGAGCCAAAGACGAGCAACAGUAAUAGCCUUGUAAAAUGAAGAAUGGUAACUGUAACAGGCACGUCUGCUUGCCUUCCUUAAAAUGUAAUCUGAUAAAUUGGCAAUUCCCAAAGAUUUGAUAUCCAGUAUCGGUGCAAAAAUCCAUUCAGAAAUUGCCAGACAAAAUGCCCCGUCAAAUCAAUGGUCGUUCCCUUUUUCCCCUCUGAACUCCACUAUAUAAUUCUCAUCUUUAUUUUGUCUAGCUAGGACAUGUUUGUUAGCUAAGAAUACACUCUGUUUAAACUACAUGAUUGUAAUGUUCUUUUUUCAUCAUUAAUUAUGCCCUUUAGCUGUAUAGACUGUUAACAUUCUGGGUUAUUUUAGUAAAAAAAAGAAAAAACGUUGAGGGGUUGGAGGGCUAGGAAUCCAUGUGUCAGCAUAAAAUGUUUAUUCAAUUUCUUUGUGGAGGAAAACUUACUGGGUUUGCUUCUGUAUUGCCAAAUAUGUUUUAAAAUGCUGUAUUUUCUUACAUGGAAAAGUGUUACAUGAAUGGUAGGAGGGUGCAAAAAAAAUAAAUAAUCUGUUUAAAUCCAUCUUACCUUAAGGGAAAACUGUGGAAAAGGUUGACAUGAGAACAUUUUUAAUUGUGUCAUUGUCAUGUGGAAAUGAUCUACCAUUAAAACAUUCCCUCUGAAACCA